ACUGAACCUUAAUCUGUCAAGAUGUCUCCAGCAUCUGAAUUGCCUAUACUUCUUUACCACCUGGGAUCUCCGCUUUCGAAGAGAAUCAUAUGGUACUUGGCCCUAAGAGGCAUUCCGUAUAUCCAAUGUAUGCAACCAAGGAUCCUCCCACGACCUGAUUUAGCUCGUCUGGGCAUCAACUACAGACGUAUCCCUAUUCUCUCCAUAGGCCGCGACGUCUACCUCGACACCCGGCUCAUCUUACAGAAACUAGAGCAUCUCCACCCCUCGAAGCCUCGUCUAGCUGCACUUGCUACCCCUGAGCACCGCGCUAUCGAGCACCUUCUCGAGGUCCUCGCCAUCGACAGCGGGCUCUUUAAGAGCGUCGUCCAACUAAUGCCAGCACAUCUCCCUCAGCUUCAAGACCCCGCCUUCCUUAGAGACCGAGCUGACCUUCUCGAGGGCAUGAUGGUUUUCACACCCGAAGCAUUGACAGCAGCGCGACCGAACGCUAUCAACGAGGUCAAGAACGUCGUGGAGUUCCUUGAGACGACGCUGCUAGCAGACGGCCGGGAUUGGGUGCUCGGAACACAUGGACCGAGCAUUGCAGAUAUUGAGGCUGUGUGGCUAUUACACUGGAUUUCUGCGGUUCCUGGAGCACUUCCUCCAGACCAAAUCUCAGGGGUCUUGUAUCCGAGAGUAUUUUCCUGGAUCGAGAGGUUUCAGAGGACGGUGUCGAGUGCGGAGAAGUUGAUCUCUGCUCCUCAGACGGUGGAUGGAGAGCAGGCUAUGGAGAUUAUUGUGACCUCACUAUUCAACGAGACAGAAGGCUUGGUGGAUGAAAAUGACCCAGUGGUCAAGCAGCAAGGGCUUGAGAAAGGGCAGUUUGUACAACUUUGGCCAACAGAUAGCGGGUCUCGACACAAGGAUAAUGGUAAGCUUGUGAGCAUGGACAAUAAAGAAGUGGUUAUAGAGACAGCGGCUGGGGAUGCAGUUGUGCGGGUCCAUGCACCGAGACAUGGCUUUCAAGUGUGUGCUUUUGAGGAUGGGGAGAAGUGA